AACGCAGAGUCGCACAUAAACAAGUCCCAGCGAGGCGAGAGCGACAAUCUUUCUCUGCGUUUUACAGAUUGAACAGAAAAACGAAGCAUAGUUUUCAGUGUUUUCCCUUACACGUCGUCGUUUUAUUCUUCUUCUUCUUCUUCCACUUUGAUGCUUUGAUCUCUCUCAUUCAGGGUAUUGAGCUGGUUGUUCAUGGCUCUUUCCUCCAAACAUCCUCGCCUGUUCAACCAAAUUAGGACUUUUGUGAAUGUGAAGGUCAAAUGGGUCCGAGACCCAUAUCUUGAUACUGCAGUCCUGAAAGAGAAAGAUCUCAAACAGACAAUUUCCCUCAAGAACCAAAUCAUUUCAUCUCCUUCGGAAUCCGUUUCCAUGUAUACUGCUUCUCAACUAAAAGCUUCCCUCAACCUUCCCACUACAACUACCAAAUUCAUUGACAAAUAUCGUUGUGUUUUCACACAAUUCCAACCUGGUCCUGGUCUUCCUCCAGUUGUCAAGCUCACACCUCAAGCCUUUUCCCUCCACAAAGAAGAAAUGGCUGUUCAUAACUCUCCCACUAAUCGUGAAGAAACUGUUCACAGGCUUGCAAGGCUUCUGAUGCUUGCUGGCAUGGAAAAAUUGCCUCUUUAUGUAAUUGAGAAGCUAAAAUGGGAUAUGGGACUACCUCAUGAUUAUGUGACGACCCUUUUGUCUGAUUACCCUGAUUACUUUGAUGUUUGUGUUGUGGAAGAUCCAUCAUCUGGAAAAGAAUUGCUUGCUUUAGAGCUUGUUUCAUGGAGAAAAGAGCUUUCUGUGUCUGAGUUACAAAAGAGUGCAAUGAGCUUGGGCUAUGUUGGAGAUAAAAGAAGGCACGGUAUUACAUUUCCCAUAUUUUUGCCAAAAGGUUUUGAUUUAGAGAAGAGGGUGAAGGCUUGGGUUGAGAACUGGCAAAAAUUGCCUUAUGUUUCUCCAUAUGAAGAUGCUUUUCAUCUUGACUCAAAUAGUGACCAAGCAGAGAAGUGGACAGUGGCAAUUUUGCAUGAGUUGCUUUCUCUUCUUGUGUCAAAGAAGACUGAGAGAGAGAAUUUGCUUUGUUUUGGAGAAUGUUUAGGGUUGGCCUUGAGAUUCAAGAAGGCUUUGGUUCAUCAUCCUGCUGAAGUGCUUGUGAUUACAGAACAUUAGUUUCUCCCCCUUUUUUCUCAGUGUUUGUACUCAAGUGAAUGCUUAGCAGGCAUGAAAAUAGUCAGUGGAUGGCAUCGUUUGGUUUUUUGUCUUCCUUUGAUUUUCCUCCUUACUCAUCUGUUUUCCGUCAUGGAGUUGCACAAAAACCCAAAAAUGGAGGAACCCCACAAGCAACUAAACAAGAAAUUCGAUCAUCUAGUUAUUGGUCCUGCUGCUGGACAAGGCUUGUCAAAUCGUUUGCAAUGCCAAGGGGCAAAAGCUCUCAAUAGGACCCAUUAUUCUAGCAGCAGAUCAGCUGUAGAUGGAAGUAUCACAUUUGUCACUGUCUUUACCAUUUAUAAUUCUUCUCUCAGUGAUGUAGACGAUAAAUCAUCAAACACAGUUGUUGGCAAUGCUUCAUACAAUAAGUUUGGCAGGUCCAUGGCUUUGUUGAAUGUUUUUAUUAACUUCAUUCAGGUCAGAAUGCCCCAGAGCAAAGUAAUUAUUCUCACAGAUCCCGUGUCUGACCUCUCAGUGCCACGGAAUAGGGUCUCUCUAUAUCCUAUACAAGGUGAAUAUUCACGAGACAAGUUGAUGCUCCAAAGGAUCAGGUCUUACAUUACCUUUCUAGAAACAAGGCUUCAGAAACUUACUCAGAAUCCGAGGAAUAUCACUCAUUACAUCUUCACUGAUUCUGAUAUAGCAGUGGUUGAUGAUUUAGGGCAUAUUUUUCAUGACAAUCCUAAUUUUCAUCUGGCUCUGACUUUUAGGAACAAUAAGGCUCAACCUUUGAAUUCAGGAUUCAUUGCAGUAAGGGGUACCCCAGAAGCAAUUUUAAGGGCAAAGCUUUUCCUACAAGAGGUCUUGAAAGUUUAUAGCACAAAAUAUAGAAAUGCUUCCCGCAUGCUGGGUGAUCAGUUAGCUCUUGCUUGGGUUGUGAAGUCAAAACCUCAUUUUGACGCCAGCAGGUAUGCCAAAGCACUUGCUUUCUCUGAGGAUAUUGGUGGCACUUCAGUGUUGUUCUUACCUUGUUCUCUGUACAAUUGGACUCCGCCUGAGGGUGCUGGUCAAUUUCACGGCAUGCCAUUGGAUGUUAAGGUUGUUCAUUUUAAAGGAUCAAGAAAACGCUUAAUGCUCGAAUCUUGGAAUUUUUAUUCCUCUUCUCUUGAUAUUUCAGACAUGUUAUGUCUCAUUUUGGGAAGUGGAAGAACCAAAUACGAUUUUUGAGAAUGUUCACUCCUGAAAACUUCACUUAUCAUAUAUAUGCAGCAUCUUCUGGCAUUAACGGCUCCAAAUCUUAGUACAGAAAAGUUCAGCCGUUAUCCCUUUUUUAAUUGGUGAUAGGGUACUGUCAGCUGCAAUAUAGAAAGCAGGAACUUGACCCUUUAAUUGAUUUAUUCUUCUUGGGAGAGUUCUUUUCAGAAUGUGCAGUUUUACCGUUCCUCCAUAUCAAGAGCAUGUGGAGUGUGAUAUUAUUGUUUUGAAAUGGUAUGUACAUUCUUGUGCACUUGGAAAAUAUAUUUAAUUAAUAGGAGUUAACGCUGUUGAACCACCCAUUCAUUGGUGAACUCACAAUGAAGGUUGCUUGUUUCCAUAACAUGUGAAUUGGAAGAGCAAGGGCAACUGAAAAAUUAGUAUAUUUUACUGAACAACAUAUUGUUAUAAUCACUUUUUUUUUCUUCAUUUUUUGGAUAUAUUAUCAAAUUCCAUUAUACAA